CCCAACCGCCGGCAUUUUACACCUGUGCAGCGUGCCCCUUCCCGCCCUCAUGGCCAACGGCGACCGCCUCGCCGGAGCACCGUCCCCGCCGCCCAUGCCGCCGCCCAUGCCCCCGUCACUAAGCAGGCCGCCGAAUCGGCCACCGUCGGAGAACCACUUGGCGAUCUCCGUGCCGCUGCUCUCGCUCGCCGGCUCCGGCGCCGACGCAGACGUGCCGCUGGCGCGGUGGCUCCGGCGGCUCGAGGCGUUCCUCGCGGUGUCGGGCCUCUCUGCCUCGACCCCUCUCGGCGUGGCCUUCGCGGCGUCCGCGCUGGCGGUGGUGGGCGUCGCGCUGCCCGCGGUGGCCGUGAGCCUCUCCCCGUGCCGCAAGCACGAGCGGGUCUGCGACGACUUCGAGGUUGAGAUGUUCGAGGUGUGCGUCAUGAUGUCGCAGGCGGCGGCCGCAGCCGUCGCCGUCGCCUGCGUGUCGAGGAAGAUGUCCAUGUACGGCCUCCGCAAGUUCCUCUUCGUUGACCCGGAGCUUGGCAUGCGGAUCCGCUUCCAGAAGGAGUACGUCGUCAGGAUCCAGGACUUCUUCCGAACACUUAUGUGGUGGAUAUUGCCAUGCCUUGCUGUGAAGGUCACCCGAGAGAUGUUCCGCUUUUCCCACAUGUUCCAUCAGUCAAUUUGGAGGUCAUGCAUUGUGCUAUUUGCUUCCAUCAUGUCAUGGGUGUAUUUGACCACAAUUGUGUUGUCUUCCUGCAUGCUUUUCAACUUGGUUUGCAAUCUACAAGUUAUACACUUUGAUGAUUACGGCAAAGUUCUGGAGCAAGACGCGGAUCCUCUAGUCUAUUUGAAAGAGCACCUGCAGCUCCGCCAUAAUCUCUCCAAAAUCAGUCACAGGUUCCGCAUGUUUCUUUUGCUGCUCUUCUUUUCCGUUACAGCAAGUCAGUUCGCCAUUCUUUACAAGACAACAGCAUACAACGGGCCAAUCAAUUUCACCAAUGGUGGUGAUAUAGCUGUAUCUUCAGUUGUUCAAGUUGUAGGCCUUGUCCUUUGUUUACAUGGAGCUGCUAAAAUUUCUCACAGAGCUCAAAACAUUGCCGCAAUAGCUAGUCGAUGGCAUGCUUUAGCGACAUGCUCGAGUGAUUCUACAUAUGUGAGCACCCCAAAUGAUUCUGGGAACCUUGUGCCCUUUCCAGCGCAUAUGUUUCUGAGAGAUUACUCGGAAAGUGACUUGGAGUCUAUGGAAAGUGGCUCAAUGCAAGGCAAUUCUCAUAACACAGCUCAAUUGGCAUCUUAUAUGUCUUCAUACCACAAGAGAGAAUCGCUUGUGCUCUAUCUGCUAACCAACCCUGGGGGCAUCACACUAUACGGUUGGAUUGUCGACCGGACAUUCCUCAACACGAUCCUGAUGCUCGAGCUAACCCUUGUGCUGUUCGUGCUCAGCAAGACUGUUGUGAUCCCAGCAAAAACGUUAGUCAACAGUUACAUGAGUUUCCCAUGAAUGGAGUUUGGCGCAAGCUUAAACAUUCCGAUUUUGGUUUGAAGAGUGUGACACCCAGACACAUAGUAGGGUUUGUACACCGCACUGGCAAAGACCGGUGCCACCAUCGGCAAAGUUGAUCCUUCUUGAAGACUAAAAUGAACCCGGAUUUGAGAACAGCAAGGUUGGUGUUUCUUGAUGAUUCCCUGUUUGGAGCUUGAUCUUUGGGGGCAAUGUCUCUUGAACACAAGAUUCCGGCUAACGCGAAGCAUGCAAUUGUUAGACAUAGGUUCCCUUUGAUCACUGGACUGUACGUAGGAUGUUGGUCUCGGUUGUGUUGUGUAAAGUUUUUGGACCGAAGCCAGCAUCAUAUGGCUGUGCAUAUGUACAUGUGCUCUUGUAUUACCACGUGAUAUCUACGAGGACAAAUUCUUUUUUUAA